GCCCGAGGCGCCCGAGCGGGGUGCGCGCAGCGGGCCGCGGCCGCCAAGCAGCUAUGGCGGAGGCCGCGCCGUCCCACCUGGCGCUGCCCUCGGGUCUGCUGGAGCUGUGCGCGCUGCUGGGGCCCUCCCGGGACAGCCUCCGCGGCCCCGAGGUGUCCCUCAAGAAGGGGGUCGGCGGCCCCUCUCCUCUCGAUCCAGAGGUCCUGUCCGUGUUUGUGCCUCCUUUCGUCACUAAGGAGGACGGUCAGACGGCCGGCGUCCCCUCUGCGACUCUGAGCAAGGCCAGAAGGCGCUCCUUCAGGAAGAAGAGGGACAAGCCCAAAACAGAGCCCUGGAAGGGCCUCCCUCCUGAAGACAUUAGUGUCCCCGAUGGCGUGGACCUGCUCGCCCUGCCGCAGCUCUGCUUCCCAGGGGGUAUGUACGUGGCCUCGGAGCCGAAGGAGGACUGUGUCCACUUCCUGGUGCUGACCGACGUCUGUGGGAACAGAACGUAUGGCGCGGUUGUCCAGUACUAUCGGCCCCUGCGCGACGAGUCGUGUUUCUACAACGGCAAGGCGCACUGGGAGCCGUCCUGGCUGACGGCGGGCAUGGCUGGCUGCUUUGUCCCCUUCGCCGUGUGCGUGGUCUCCAAGCUGCCCUAUUACAACGCCCUCAAGGACUGCCUGUCCUGUUUAUUGACUCAUCUGAAGCUCUGUAAAGAUUUUGAAGUUGACAAUCACAUAAAAGAUUUUGCUGCAAAACUGUCUUUAAUACCUAGCCCGCCGCCUGGACCCCUUCAUUUGAUGUUUAACAUGAAGCCGCUGCAGAUCGUGUUUCCCUCCCGUGCGGACCCCGAGAGCCCGGUCAUCGACGUGGACCUUCACUUGCCGUUGCUGUGUUUCAGGCCCGAGAAGGUGCUGCAGAUCCUGACGUGCCUCCUCACGGAGCAGCGGAUCGUGUUCUUCUCCUCCAGCUGGGCUCUGCUGCCGCUGGUGGCCGAGUGCUUCCUGGCCUACCUGCACCCGUUGCAGUGGCAGCACACGUUCGUGCCCGUCCUGUCGCGCCAGAUGCUGGACUUCGUCAUGGCGCCAACGUCCUUCCUCAUGGGCUGCCACCUCGACCACUUUGACGAAGUCAGCAAGGAAGCUGAUGGUCUAAUUCUGAUAAAUAUGGAUAAUGGGAGCGUCACGUGUUCUGAUGACCGGGAGGUCGAUGUCCCUGACAUCCCCCUGCUGGCGGCGCACACGUUUAUUCAGAGGAUCCAGAGCCUGCGGCUGCACCACGAGCUGGACCUCGCGCACCUGGGCGCCAGCACGGACCUGAACGAGGGGCGCGCGCGCCGUCGGGCCUGGCAGCGGAGCCUCAACCGCCAGGUGCAGCACGCGGCCCUGCAGCUGCUCGUGGGCGUCUUCAGGGACGUGAAGAACCACCUGAAUUACGAGCACAGGGUGUUCAACAGCGAGGAGUUUCUCAAAACCAGGGCUCCGGGCGACCAGCGGUUCUACCGGCAGGUGUUGGAUACCUACAUGUUUCACUCUUUCCUUAAAGCCCGGCUCAGCAGAAGGAUGGACGCCUUCGCCCAGAUGGACCUCCACACGCAGUCCGAAGACGACAGAUUAAACGGGAUGCUGGUAAGCCCAAGAAGACCCACCAUCGAGAAGAUGACCUCACGGAAAUUCUCGCCCCCGCACAUCGCCCACAGGCGGAUGGUGGUCAGCAUGCCCAACCUGCAGGACAUCGCGGUUCCCGAGGUGCCCGCCCGGAACGCGUCGCUUCGCAAAGUGGACACCACGGGCUGCGGAACCGGCAGCAUAGCUCUGAAUGUGAGUCCGAAGCCGACGUACAUGUUCAAGAUCCCGGAGAUCCACUUCCCGCUGGUGAGCCAGUGCGUGCAGGCCUACUACGCCGACUGCGUCGCCCAGCUCACCAAGGCCAUGAGCCUCCUGGCCCCCGACAGCUCCGUGCUCCUGGCCCGGUACUUCUACCUCCGCGGGGCGGUGCACCUGAUGCACGGGCAGCUGCUGGACGCCCUGCUGGACUUCCAGAGUCUCUACAAGACAGACAUCCAGAUCUUUCCCGCCGAUCUCGUGCGGAGGACGGUGCGGUCCCUGUCGGGCCCCCAGCGCGCCCAGGCCGAGCGGGUGCCCGAGCUGCGGCGGCUCAUCAGCGAGGUGGUGGACAAGGCCGGCGAGGCCACGAAGCCCGACGACCGCGUGAAGAACUUCGAGCUGCCCAAGACGCACAUGCAGCUGGACGAUUUCGUGAGGAGGGUCCAGGAGUCGGGCAUCGUGAAGGACACGGACAUCAUUCACCGACUGUUUGAGGCGCUCACCGUGGGACACGAGAAACAGAUCGAUCCAGAAACAUUCAAAGAUUUCUACAACUGCUGGAAAGAGGCAGAAGCAGAGGCCCAGGAGGUCAGUCUGCCUCUGUCGGUGAUGGAGCACCUGGACAAGAACGAGUGCGUGUACAAGCUGUCAAGCUCUGUCAAGACGAACCGCGGCGUGGGUAAGAUCGCCAUGACCCAGAAGCGCCUGUUCCUCCUGACGGAAGGGAGACCGGGCUACGUGGAGAUUUCCACCUUCAGGAACAUAGAGGAAGUGAGAAGUACCACCGUAGCUUUUCUGCUUCUGAGAAUACCCACUUUAAAAAUUAAAAUGGUGUCCAAGAAAGAAGUGUUUGAGGCUAAUCUGAAGACGGAGUGUGACCUGUGGCACCUGAUGGUGAAGGAGAUGUGGGCCGGGAAGAAGCUGGCUGACGACCACAAGGACCCGCAGUACAUCCAGCAGGCGCUGACGCACGUCUUGCUGAUGGACGCCGUGGUGGGCACGUUGCCGUCGCCCGGCGCCAUCUACGCGGCCUCUAAGCUGUCUUACUUCGACAGGAUGAAGAACGAAAUGCCCAUGGCGGUUCCAAAGACGACCUCAGAGACCCUGAAGCACAAGAUAAAUCCUUCGGCGGGAGAGACUUUGCCCCAUGCCGUGGACGUCUUGUUGUACACCCCAGGGCAUCUGGACCCAGCAGAGAAAGUGGAGGACGCCCACCCCAAGCUGUGGUGUGCUCUGAGCGAGGGCAAAGUGACCGUGUUUGACGCCUCCUCCUGGACGGUCCACCAGCACUGCUUUAAAGCGGGCAAUUCCAAGGUGAACUGCAUGGUGAUGGCGGAGCAGAACCAGGUGUGGGUCGGCUCCGAGGACUCGGUCAUCUACAUCAUCAACGUCCACAGCAUGUCCUGCAACAAGCAGCUCACCGACCACCGCUCCAGCGUCACAGACUUGGCCGUGCAGAGUGGGACGCCCAGCAAGGUGUACUCGAGCAGCGCGGACGGGACCGUCCUGGCGUGGAAUGCAAGCACCCUGCGGGUGACUGACAGGUUCCAGCUGCCCGGGGGCAGGCUCUCGUCCAUCAGCCUGCAUGACGGCUGCCUCUGGUGCUGCACCGGGAGCAGUAUCGUGGCCAUGACGUCCAGUGGACUCCUUUGUCAGGAACUGAAGAUCAGCGAGAACUUCAAGGACAUCAGCACGUCCUUCCUCAGCUUCCAGCUCCUCCCGGAGCAGGAGCAGCUCUGGGCGGCCUGUGCUGGCCUCGACAGCGUCUACACUUGGAGCCUAAAGGACCUGACCCAGCGCCCUCAGGCGGUCCGCCUCCAGGACUGCUCCGAGGUCAGCUGCAUGAUCAGGGUGAAGAAGCAGAUCUGGGUAGGUGGCACAGGCCUGGCCCAGGGCAAGUCCAAAGGGAAAAUCUACGUGAUUGACGCUGAGAGGAAGACGGUGGAAAAGGAGCUGGUGGCCCACGUGGACACGGUGAAGACCCUGUGCUCGGCGGAGGACAGAUACGUGCUGAGCGGGUCGGGCAGUGGGGAGGGGAAGAUCGCCAUCUGGAAAGUCGAGUAAACGCAGCUGGAUCAACUUGCUCAUAGGCUCUGCCGUGAGGUUACCCUGUGUGUUGUCUAGAAAGUUCCAGAACUCACGACUAGGGGCCGGCACCAGAGCGGGAGGA